UUCUAGAGUAUGAUAUGUUAACUGGUGGAGAGACAAAACGACUUGUGGACAUUCCAAAUCCUAACCUGGACUCCAAGAUAGGAAUCAUUCCUUUUGGCCACCCCAGUUCACUUUACAGAAAACAUUCAGACAGGGCUGUGAAACAAGAGACACAGAUUAAUCUAAUAACAUUCUGAGUUCCUAAUCCUUCUCCUUCGAUAAACUCCAAUAACUUAGCUCCAAAACCAAAUCACGGUCAGCUUCCCCAGUACAGAAGCAGCACAAUCCCAGCAAACUUCCACCAUAUACCCAGUUCUCGUCUCAACAGAGCAUUCGCUCCAGAACCAACAGACCUACUCCACACGAAAAUGCAGGGGAAAACACCAUAAGUGGCAUAUACACGUUAAAAGCUUAAAUCAGAG